GUCUGGUUAAAGUGACUACAAUGGUGAUUAAGAAGGAAAUUGCAGCAAGCAGGCAGGUUGUUUAUCAUGGUGAGCUUUUAAAAUCAGCAAUGUUAGGAAAGGAUUUAGUCUCAAUCAAUGUGUUCUCAGACUCAGACCUUGAUUUGUUAAGAGCCUGGAUGACUAAAGAUCGCAGGGACUUAUCCAUGGGGAAAUGGGGUAAUCUUAACAGUCCAAUUUCACAAACAAGUUCAACCCGAAAGAUUCUAAAGAAGAUAGCCCAGCGUUUUGCAGCCAUGGCUGUAUUUAUGGGAAGAGACACAGAGGAGGCUCUCUGGAGUUGGAUAUCAUAUGCCAGAUGCAGUGUAAAUCAAUCUCUAUCAAUUAGUUAUUUUCUGGCUAUCGACAAGGGAAUCCUCCUGGAAAUACUUCGGGAUCAUCAUUUAGAAGGUUCAAAUUUGAGACCUAAGUUGUAUCUCAAAAAAAAUAGUGCUAGAUUGAGACAUGCAGAUCAGGAACCAGAGUCUGAAAAAGCUGAAUCUCCUGCAUUUCGGGCUGCCUCAGAUGUAGCAAGGGAUUAUAUAGAAGGCCCAGAAGAGGGCAAUUCUAAUCCUAAUCAUAACCACAAGGCUGUUCUCUUGAAUUCAAUAUCUGUAAUCCGAAGAGAACUGCCAGAACCACAUCUUGGCUGGCCUUUGCUUCGGAGAAAAUCUUCUCCAAAUCAAGAGUUUAAGAAACCUGAACCUAGAGAUAUAUCCGUUGUAGAAUGGGUAAUGAGCCUGCCUAAUCGAGGUACCACAGUCGUCAACCAGAUUGCUUUGCUUUCAAAUCAAACCAGCAUCAACUCCGGAACAAAUACUAAUGAUUCUACUAACAACGAUCGUAAGACUGAAGAAGCAAUUCACAUCUCUGAAGAGGAAUCAGUAAUAAAUGACAAUAGAAAUUUUGAGCUUGAAAAUAAGGCAGAAGUUUCAGUUUCUUUGAACACAAAAUAUCUGGAAUCAUAUUCAAAGCCAGGUUGGCCUCUUCGUCUUGUAGCUUCCACUACUUCAGAUUCGUUUUCAGAAUAUGAAGCCAAAAAAAAGCCAAAGGCUGAGAGGGAAAUGAACGCACCUAUUCAAUCAACAAUCGAACUUCCACCUUCCAAAAUUGCAUUAGUAUCCACCGAAAUGGAAAAUCCUGUCCAAAUUGAAAAUUGUUUACCAACACUAAGAAACAUGCCGACCGACUUGGAUCUUCGUUGCAAAAAGUUCAGUCUCAGGGAGCUUAAGCAAGCAACUUCUGGAUUCUGUCCAGAAAACUUGAUUGGAGAGGGAGGAUGCAGCAAAGUAUACAAAGGGUGUCUUCCCGGUGGCAAGCAGGUGGCUGUUAAAAUUCUAAAAUCAUACAAAGAAGCUUGGAGUGACUUCUCCUUGGAAACUGAUAUUGUUUCUUCAAUGAAACACAAGCAUAUCACGCAUCUAAAGGGAGUUUGUGUUGAAGAUGACCAUCUCAUCUCAGUCUAUGACUUCUUUUCCAGAGGAAGUUUAAAGGAAAUUCUGCAUGGUCAAAGCAGGAAAUCCGUGUUGCCGUGGGAGGUCAGGUUUAAAAUUGCCACGGCAAUUGCCGAGGCUCUAAAUUACCUGCACAAUGAAUGCUCUCCACCCAUUAUACACAGAGAUGUAAAGUCUUCCAACAUUCUUCUCUCUGAUGAUUUUCAGCCGCAGUUAUCUGAUUUUGGGCUUGCUAUCCGGGGGCCAACGGAUUCAACUUACAUGAUUGCGAGCAAUGUGGUAGGAACUUUUGGGUAUAUAGCUCCUGAGUAUUUAAUGGAAGGAAGGGUCAGUGACAAGAUUGAUGUAUACUCUUUUGGCGUUGUGCUUCUAGAAUUACUAUCAGGGAAGAGGCCAAUUUGUUCAAAGGCUCUGGAAGGACAAGUGAGCUUGAUCCAGUGGGCUAGGGCAUUAUUAGAAAGAAGGAAUCUCCGAGGAUUAGUGGAUCCAGCAUUACAUGGAGAUUUUGAUGUUGCUCAAAUGCAGAGAAUGGUUCUCGCUGCCUCCCUCUGCCUCAAUCAGUUGGAUGGAUGCCGUCCAAAAAUGAGCCAGGUACUAGAAAUAUUGCGAGGAGAGAGGGAACCAAGAGAGUGGUAUAAUUUCCUUGCUGCUGAUUUCAAAGUGCGAAACAACCGAGAUGAUAGACUUUCUCCAGCACCUGUUCACAAACAAUAUACCCAUCUUUCAGUUUCAUUUACAGAUAAUGAUUCAACAUCGGUAGGCAGCAAUUAUACAGCAUCAAGAUGUAGAGCUGAGAAAGAGCGUCUACUAAUGCUGAAGAACUACCUUAGGAAAGAGCGGGGCUGAUGACAAUCAC